CCCAUACACACACUCACAUGCAAAUGUCAAAACCCAAAUCUCUCUCUCUCUAUUAAUUGCCGGCCUCUUACCGUUUCCACUUAAUACGCCGUCGUUUCAUCCUUUGUCUCUUUCUUUCUUCACUCGUCGGUUACUAUAAUACUCAAAUCCCACUCUUUUCAAUUUCAUUCUCUUCUUCACUACCGAGUUGACUCAUUCUUCUUCUCAACUCGUUCUCUCAACUCACUUUCUCUGCAUUUUCUUCAUUCGAAGUUAAAUAAAUGGUGGUUUGAGUUUUUCUUAGUGCCGAGUUUAAUUGUCUGCCUGGCUUUUUUAUCUCAGAAUAUAGCUGACCGGGAUGUCGGAGACAGCACUGAAGGAUCUCAAUAAUAUUCCUGCAACUGAAAGGAAGAGUGAGGGCUCUGGUAAGGCGUGUUUGACCAAACCUCCUGUUGACAAUGCUAAUGGAAAUACUGAAGAAAGUCAAAAGAAGAAAAACUGUUCCUCUUUGGUUUCCCCACAUGUUAAUGGAAAUCAGGCCGUGCCUGCUGAUUCUGUUGUAGAGGUUGGAACUGUAGAAGUAGAAUACAUUGAUUCUGAGAACUUAAAUGAUCUAGAAGAUGUUGAUGCUUGUGUCAAGACCCUCUUAGCUGGACUAGACUCAAAGGAUUGGGUCCUGGUUUGUGAUACUCUAAAUAAUGUACGCCGUCUGUCUAUUUUUCAUAAGGAAGCAAUGCUUGAUAUUCUGGGGGAUGUGAUCACACGUAUUGCCAAGGCCCUGAAAAGUCCUAGGAGUGCUGUUAUCAAAACUGCCAUUAUGACAUCUGCUGACAUUUUCGGUGCAUAUAAUGAUCUUAUAAUAGAUUCUUUGGAUCCUCUGCUACUACAGCUUCUUCUCAAGUCUUCACAGGACAAACGCUUUGUAUGUGAGGCAGCAGAAAAAGCCUUGAUAUCAAUGACUACUUGUAUUUCCCCUAUUUCAUUGCUGCCAAAAUUGCAACCAUACCUUAAGCACAAGCACCCCCGUGUUCGUGCAAAGGCAUCGAUGUGCUUUUCUCGAAGUGUUCCACAACUGGGUGCAGAAGGCAUAAAUACAUAUGGCAUUGACAAAUUGAUUCAAGUAGCUGCAUCCCAAUUGAGCGACCAGCUUCCUGAGUCCAGAGAAGCAGCUCGAACCCUACUUCUGGAGCUUCAAAAUGUGUACGAGAAAUUUCCCAAUCUCGUGCCAGCAGCCACUGUAUCUGAGGAUCCAAAGACCGAGACAGUAUCAGAGGAUUCAAAGACCGAGACAGUAUCAGAGGAUGCAAAGACCGUGACAGUAUCAGAGGAUCCAGAGACCGUGACAGUAUCUGAGGAUCCAGAGACCGAGACAGUAUCUGAGGAACCAGAGAUCGCGACAGAAUCUUGGGAAAGCUUCUGUCAGUCAAACCUUUCUCCUUUAAGUGCUCAAGCUGUACUUCGUGUGACCAGCAUUGCACGGGAGGGUCUUGUUUCAUGACACACACACAUGAACUUCAGUUAGUGCACUUCAUUAUUUCCUGGUUUGCAUGCCAUUUUCUUCUGUAUAUACAGCGAGACAAUUGAGAUGAUUUGAGUUGCCGGUUCGAAGCACGUAUUGAGCCAAAGGUUUAUGGCGUAUUUUUUUUACUGAGCUGUCGUUACCUAUGAUUGAUAUUUGAUAGAUAUAUAAAUUACGUUACUUUCGUUGUCUUCAAGGUUUCUCCUCUUUUGAAUUGCAUGUAAGUAAUUGAGUUUGCUUUUAUUAAUUUUACAAAUUCAAUGUUGGCAUGUAAGGGAUCGAUUCUGUCUAAAUUUUGUAGGCCUUGUUAAUCUUAUACUAGUAGUUUUGGAUUUUAGUAUGUUACA